AUGGAUUCUUUCUUCAAAAAAGCUCAACAAGCACUCGAGCAGGUCGUAGAUAGCCAGAACUCGGGUGGCGGGGACGCAACCAGGGACAAGUACGUCGAUACUUUUGCCCCCUCGGUCUCGAGUCAAGUCUCUAGAGAGAUCUCUACUUUCCAAGAUGCGACCCUACAGUCCCUAGAAAACCACAUCAAGGCUGUCUUCGAGGUAAACGCGCAGGCUGGCUCGACAUCGAUUACUAAAGAGUUCCAGGCGGUUUUUCGAGGAGAUUUCUCUAUGUUCCAAGGAGGCAACUCAUUUAAAGAGUUCAUCGCAGCCCGAGAAAGGAGUCAAGAUGCUGCCGCAAAUCAACACCAAGCUCAAUACGGUGCUGGACUUCCUGACUUUAAUUAUCCCACCCCUCAACAACGGAGCGGAGAGCGUGCGUUGCCGGAAUACGGUACCCGAGGUCUCCCUUUCGCCGGAAACCUAGGAAACCAGGAGCGAAAUGUGUUUCAAGCUGCCUUGAACAAAGUAACAGAUUUCGCCAAGUCGGCAGACAAUGAAAUUGGCGGCAAAGUUGCGACCGUUGCACAAGCCAUCAAUGGGUUCAACAUCGAUCCUACGGCCAAAGCACAAGAGUCACCCCGAGAUCCGAGAGAAGUGGACAGAGUGUUGACCGAUUUGCACGCGCCAUUGGCGGAUCAACUCACCAACCUGGCGCUCACACAAGUAAAAAACUUCCUCAAAGGUAGCAUAACGACCGGGAGCUCGGUCAAGGGGCGAUGGAAAGCGUUGGAGGAUUAUGCGCCAGGGGGUGGCUCGAAUCCCGUCCCAGACGCGCCGGGAGGGUUUGUCGGUCUCUUGAGCGAGAAGCUCUCCGAUGGUUUGACCGUUAUUCGUGCGCAUACUCGUCAGGAUUUCCGUCGAGUUCUAGGGGAUAUUGAAGAGAAGCUCUUCGAUUCGCUGCCUAAUGAGAUAUCCGGUCCCCUUAUGGCAGUCCUCGGAGGCAAUCCAUUCUCUGAUGACGAACGACAGCAGCAAGCACGUGGUGGAGGCGGUUUCAAUAUCCUCGACGAAGUCAAAGACAAACUACGCGUCAUUAUUGAACGGAUUCAGAAAGGACUCCGAGACCGCGUGUUGGAAGUUGUUUCAGGUGGUCACCGAAAGCUCGAAGACAAAGCUUGGGGGAACGUCCAAGAUGCGAUUGUCACCAAAGUCCAGAAGUUUGUUCCAGGUAUCCAAGUCAAGCUGGACGACUGA